AUGGGAGACGCUCAGUCAGCGCAGCGGGACAUCGGGAGGGAGGCAGCGGAGCAGGAGGAGGAGGAGAGAGGAGCAGCGGAAGAUGCUCGGCUCGAUCACAGCACUGAGGAGAAGCCUCUAAGAAAUAAUGGGCAAAUCGCGGAGAUCAAUGGAAAAGCAGACAGCACUCCAGCAGAAGUUGAUGAUCACUGUGGUGAUGCGAUGGCUGCAGAGGCUUCCCUCUCUCCAGAGAAAGACCUUUUACAAACAGCGAGGCCACUUCAAGAAGAAGGAACACCAUCAGAAAACAUUGAAGUGAAUCAAAAGGAAUCACCUGGAGAAACUGAGGCUAUUGAAGAGCUACCCCUGGAAAUGACUGAAAUGGAUGCAAAGCAGAAUGACAUCAAUGAAAGCUUUAAGAGAUUUUUCAGUAACAUUGGUUUGAAACUGACGGUAAAAAGAGGCUCAGUCGAUAAAGAGGAAAUAAGAACCGAUGGGUCAGAUGAAACGAGCCAGAACAAAUCAGACGGACCACAUAACACAGAUGAUACCGCGGAUGAACCUAAAAGUGUGAAUGCUGAGCCGGAUAUUGAUCAGAAGACACAGGGGACCAAUGACAAUGACUCAACGACAUGUCCUACCCUGACAUCGGAGGAUGCCCUGGAAAAUGCAGGGGAGAAAACAACUGGGGCCAAAGAUGAAUCUGAUACAGCAACACCUUCACCUGUAGUUGAAGAGUUAAAGGAGCCACAGGAUGCCGCCCUUGAAGAGGAACACCUACACACCCCAUCUCCAACUAGCCCUGAGGCCGAGGAGGUCGUGUCUCCGGUGAAAAGGUUUUUUACAACCGGAAUCUUUUCAGGGCUACGGAAGAAAAAGAAGUCCACAGGGGAUGAGACAACUGAGAAAGAACUGGUGGACAUGGGAAGAAAGGAAACAGUGCAGACAACAGAAAAAACUGUAGAAGUACAACAGGAUAAAGGGGAGAUUGGACAAGAUGUUGAAGCAACGACAGUAGAGAGAGAACACAUAGAAAAUGAACCUAUGGAGAAAAUCAUCUCUACAGCAUCAGCUCAGCCGAUGAAUGAUGGGGAAUCACGGCCCGCAAUUCCAGCAACAAUUUCUGUCAAUGAGCCUGAAAUGAGUUCUCAAGACAGAGCCCAAGACAGUCCAAUGAAAAGGUUGCUAUCAGGGACAAGUUUUAGGAAACUCUCCAAAAGCAAGAGAGGCAGGAAAUCGAGUAAUACAAUGUUGUCAGACUCUGACGAACACGCGGAUCAGCUCAUGUCAUCUACCAAGUCAGUUGAGACCCAAGAAGAAGAAAGUCCGGCACAGCACCCUGCAGAGGCAGCAGGAGAGGACGAUGGUGCAUGGGCCUCUUUCAAGAAAUUUGUUACUCCGAAAAAACAAAUGAAGAAGUCGUCCUUAACCAGUGAAGAGAUACAAAUCUCAGGCUCAACAGAGGAAACAAAACCAAGUGAAAAAGGUCAAAUAUCAGAUCACAGCAAUGAAGAAGGCAAAAAAAGAAAAGAUUCAUCCGUGUCGUGGGAAGCUGUUUUGUGUCGCUCCGGAAGGAAACGGAGCAGAAGCCGAAAAACAUCAGACUCUGAGGAUGAAUUGCCCCAAGUUCAAAAUGACAAUAAGAAGCGAGAGUCGUCACUUGCAAGUUCUAACGAAGUUGAUGGAACUUCAGCAGCUUCCCCCAAUGUAGGAAGUCCUUCAGAUGGUGAUGGAGGAUCAACGUGGAAAUCGUUUAAAAAACUUGUGACCCCCAAAAGGAAAGCCAAGGAUGAGGAGGAAAGCAAAGAUAUUGCACAGUCUGAUUGUGAAAUUACUCAGGACGAUUCCUCCUUUUCAAUAAAGAAACUUCUCCCAAGAAAAAAGAAGAAGUCUUCUGAAAUUCCAGACCAAGUAUCUUCUGAUGAGGCUGAAAAGGAGGUUGUUUCAAGCGAUGAAGACUCUGACACCCCAGCUGUUGUUCCCUUGUCAGAGUUUGACACAAUUGAAACCGAAGUUCACGUUGAAACAACGGCUGACGUGGACAGUCAUGUGGCCGAGGAGGCGGACUAUCAAGUGCAGCAAAACCUCCUUGAUCAGACGUCUCAUCCAGUCCUACCUUGUGACGAUCUGCAACCAGAAGUAGAGAAGGUCCAGGACGAUAAGGUGACCUCUACAGCUCUUGUUUCAAAUGAGGAACCUGAGGACCCUACAGAAUUAAUCAGUAAACAUCAACAACUCAGUGAUAUCCCAGAGGAGGGUUUAAUUACAGAGACCAACGCCACUCCUGCAUCAGUCCCUGAGGAGGCAGCUCCAGACGACACUAUAGCCGAGGAUCUGAUAGAGAUCACAUCUGAGGCCAUAACUGCUCUGGAACCUGAAGACAUUACCACAGAAGAUGAAACUGAGAUGAUCUCUGCAGUUUCCCAGCUGUCAGAGUCUUCAAACACUUCUGGCAACACAACACCGGUCCCCGUAGAGUAUGAAGUCAAACCUGUAGAGGUUCUCCUGCAUCAAGUUGUCGAAGCCAUCUCCAUAAGUCCAAACGUUGUCCCAGUGUGCUCAGACGAGGUGAGUUCAGAAAGAAUAGUUGGAUCUGUCUCGCAUCAGAUACUUGAGACAUUUGUAAAAGAAGAGCCAGCAGUUCUGGAAAUAUAUGGCAAAUCAGAUGCAGCCUCCAUUAACAUUGGACUAAAUGUUGAAGAACUGGACAAGAUCGACACACUCACAACAACAGCCCAAAUAGAGGGCUUACCUGAAGUCAACAAAUCUGUUUCCACACAAAUUGUGCCAAAUGUUCCCACUAAGGAGGUUGUCACUGCUGACAUGGCUGUUGAUGAAGUUCAUGAGGUCAAUGUUUCACAUCCAGUAGAAGGUUUAAAUGAAUUAGAAAGUAAUAAUGUGAGACAGCAUCUAGUAAACUCUCAAUCUGAGGCAGGUGAAGCUGGGUCUUUAGAGAUACUGCCUGAAGGUGGUGCAGCUGUUGAAGAUGAAGUUUGUCUUGUCGGGGCACAUCAAGAUGAAAAAGAGCCCCAAGAAAUGAACUCUCAAGAAGUAGAAUCAACUGCAACAGCAGCAGAAGAAAGUACAGCUGGGGGUGUGGAGGAGGAAGUCCAGACACAAAUCAAAGAGCAAAUCAUAGAUCAAGUUCAAGUUCAGAGCCAAGAUCGGCCAGUAGAGCCGGACUUGCAAGAGUUACCGUCUGUAAACGAUGCCGCCUUAGAUUCAGAGGAGGGUAGUGGUCAAUUUCUUGAAAAGGAAGUAAUUAAGGAAGAUUUCACAGCAGAGGCUACUGACAAAGCCAGAGAGGACACAGAGCCUAACGCUGAAUAUAAUGUUGAAGUGGAGAAGGAAAACAAACUACAAGAAGAUGCUGCUCAAACUGAACAUGCUGAAGAUCCUGACGUGUCAGAAACUGUACAAACAGCAUCAUUGGAUAUAGAGGAGGGUAGUGGUCAAUUGAUUGAAAAUGAAGAAGUAAAAAUAAAAGAUAUUCCAGCAGAUGAGAUGGUUACAGACAAACCCCAAGAGGAAACAGAACCUGUCCCAGAAUCUGAUGUUGGGGCAGAGACAGAAACCAAACUGCAGGCAGGUUCUGUGAAAUGUGAAGAUGCUGAAGAACCAGAAGUGUUAGAAGUUGAACAAACAUUAGAUUCAGAGGAUGGUAGUCCUCAUUUGCUUGGAAAUGUGGUAUUAACCGAAGAUAUUCCAGCAGAAGAAACAGCUACACAUAUUCGACAAGACGAGAAAGAGCCUAUCACUGAAAAUAAUGUUGAGACAGAGACAGAAAGCAAAUUACAAGAAGAUUCUGUCAAAAUGGAACAGGCUGAAGAACCAGAAGCGUUAGAACCCAAACCAACAGCCAUGUUAGAUCCAAAGGAAGGUAGUGCCCAAUUGCAUGAAAAGCAAAUCAUAUCAGAAGUCACUCCAGUAGAAGAAAAAGUUACAGACACACCACAAGAGAAAACUGACCCUGCCGAAGGACAUGUUGAAACAGAGAAUGAAAACAAACUGCAAGCUGAUGCUUCUAAAACUGAACAUGCUGAAGAACCAAAAGAGUCAGUCACGUUAGAUUUAGAGGAGGGUAGCAUUCAACUGCUUGAAGAGGAAGUAACAUCAGACGAUAUUCCAGCAGAAGAAACAGAUACAGAUAAACCCCAAGAGGACAUCAAGUCGCUAACUGAAUGUAAUAUUGAGGAAGAGACAGAAAACAAACUACAAGCCAAUGCUAGUGAAACUGAACACGCUGAAGAACCAGAGGUGUUAGAAGCUGAGCAAACAGCCUCAUUAGAUUCAGAGGAGGGUGGUCUUCAAUUACGUGAAAAGAAGGAACCAAGAGAAGAGAUUCCAGCAGAAACAACAGCUACAGAUGAACCCAAACAGGAAACAGAGCCUGUUAUGGAAUGCAAUGUUGAAGCAGAGGAGGAAAACAACCUACAAGCAGAUUCUGCCAAAACUGAACAUACUGAAGAGCUGGUUGUAUUAGAAACCACACAGGCAGCCUCAUUAGAUUCAGAGAAGGAUAGUUUUGAAUUACCACAAGAGGAAGUAUCAGAGGAUAUUAAUGUAGCAGAAACUGGUACAGAGGAAAUAAAGCAACAGGCCAUGGAUACCCAUGUGGAGCUCAGUGGCGAGCUAGAAAACAAUGAAUUGAAAACAGAUACUCCAAAUAUUGGACACCGCCAAGUUGCAGAAGUUUUAUGGGAUGUACCCACAUUCGAUUCAGAGGAGGGUAGUGUUCAAUCUCGUGAAAGAGAAUUUACAUCAGAGACAACUAUAGAGGCAGACACUAUUACAGAUGUACCCAAAGAGGAGAUGGAGCCUCUCACUGAAGUCAUUGAACCAGUGGAUGCUUUUAAAACCGAACAUGUUCAAGAACCAGUACAAGAACCAGCAAUAGAACCAGUACAAGAACCAGUACAAGAUCCAGUUCAAGAACCAGUUCAAGAACCAAUUCAAGAACCAGUACAAGAACCAGUUCAUGUACCAGUGCAAGAACCAGUACAAGAACCAGUUCACGAACCAAUUCAAGAACCAGUACAAGAACCAGUACAAGAACCAGUACAAGAAACAGUUCAAGAAACAGUUCAAGAAUCAGUACAAGAACCAGUUCAACAACCAAUUCAAGAACCAGUACAAGAACCAGUUCAAGAACCAGUUCAAGAACCAAUUCAAGAACCAAUUCAAGAACCAAUUCAAGAACCAGUACAAGAACCAGUUCAAGAAUCAGUAAAAGAACCAGUACAAGAACCAGUUCAAGAAUCAGUACAAGAACCAGUUCAAGAACCAAUUCAAGAACCAGUAGAAGAACCAGUUCAAGAACCAGUUUUAGAAGAUGCACAAGUAUCAAAGUUAGAUUCAGAAGAGGGUAGUGCCCAAUCACUGGAAGAGGAAGUGAUUUCAGAACAGAUUCCACCAGAAGAAACUGCUGCACAUGAAGUAGCACUUACAGCUGAAGGCAGUGCCCAGUCCGAACUAUCAGCAGAUAAUGGACAUGUUCAAGAACCGGAGGUUUCACCUGCUGAUGUAAAUGCAGAUGAAACAGAACCUGAGGUCGAGGCAUCUACGCCUGAUCAUGGAGUUGCACCAGGUGCUGAGGAAAGUAGUGCUCCCAAUCUAGAGCCCACUGAUUCAGUAACAGUUGAAAGUGAGACUCAAGUCAUAGCAGCUCUGAAUCAUCAGGCUUUUAAUGGAAAUGAAGAUCAGGAGACAGAGGGUACACCACAAGAUGUUCAUGCUGGCCAGGAAGACCAAAUCCCUGAGGCUGUAGCUGAGAUCCAGACAUUGACAGCAGUCCAUGUACCCUGUGUUAAUGAGGAAGCAUGUAGUGCUCAGGUCACAGAAAUAAACGUAUUUUCUGAAUUAACCCCGACACCUUGUUCAGAAAAUGUCACAGCUUCAAAUGAACCAAUUCACGAGGUGCAUCUCAGCUCAGUUCAAUCCAGUGUUGAGGAAGAAAGAGGUCAAAUUCAAGGCUUUGAGGUAAAGAGAUCUCUGGUUGAGCAUGCUGUAGUGGCCCAAGUGAUCACAUGUUAUCUCAAAGACAUCGCAGCUUCUAUACCUGACACUUUGAUAGAGACGACAUCAGACAGCCAUGAACCAUUGAUCGACUCUGUGGCAAGUGAACUCGGGUUCAAUGAGACGAAUGAGACUGCAACACCACUGGUGCAACUGUAUGUGACCAAGACGAGCGAGGAAGGUAGUGUGGUUAGGAUGAUGAAUGUGCCAUCGGUACAGUUUGAGGACAAUCACCAAAUUCAAGUGCAGGUGGUCGAUGUGGAUGUCGAAUCAGCCAACACGAAGGUUGACACAGUGCUGGAGGUGGUGGUAACAGAAACCAGAGAAGUUAUGGAUAUAUGUCACCAAGCAGUUCAAGAAGUAGACAAACUUUCCGCCACGUCAGAGACUGAAGAGAAAAUAAGUUGCGAAGAAGACGAAGUGACCAUUCAAGAAGUUAUUCAACAUGUCAGGGAGAGCGCACCAGAGACAGUGCCGGAAUCAGAACUCGUCAACACGGAACAAGACGUUAUCAAAGAGACGGAUGCUGUGACAGAGACAACUGAGAUACCUGAAAGUGAGACAGGUGAAGUGGACGGUCAAAAAGUGGGGGAGGACAAGGAAAGACAAGAUGAAGGAUAUGUUGUAAUAAGUGAUGACUCCGCAACUGCACAAGUGUUUGAGGAUCUCAUGCAAACACCUGAUAUUCCAGGAGGGUUGGAUGUUUUGAUCCAUGACCCCAAAGAGGAUUUGGAGGAGCCUAGAGCUGAAGAGAAAAGGUCUGAAGCAGACUUGUCAUCCGACGUGACGAAGAUCAAUGAGGAAGCACAAGCUCCACAAAUUGAGAUUGUGACGGCGAACACUGGAUUAUUAGUCCCCCAGGGCACCAGGGUGAUCUCAUCAGUAGGUAAUGUCGAGCCCCCCUCUAGCCUUUCGAUAGAAUUCAAAUUUAACAUACAGUUUGGACACGCAAAGGAACCGGCUUCUCAACCUCCUUCAACAGAACCAAUGAAACAGACAGACGUGGCUGAGAUAGGCAUUCAGGUAGAAGAACCCAGUGAGGAAAUAAAUCCAGCACAAUCUGAAGAGAGACAGAAACAGACAGAGGGAACUGAGGUCGGAGUUAAGGGAACAGAAGUCACACAAGCAGCUGACUUGGAUUCAACAGAAGCGCCAGUGAUCAUUAAUCAACCAGUACUUCUGGACGUUGGCAUGCAAACAGUGGAAAUAGUGGAACCAGUGGAACAAAUCAAAUCAACGGAGAGAGGAACCCCCAAUGUCCAGGCGAAAGAGACAAUCCAAACAGUGAGGCAAAAAGAGAAACGAGGAGUGUUCCUGGGUCAGCCACUACUCUCUGAAGUUUGUGACCAAGAAACAGAAGCAGAGGAACCCCUGAAGCACACGGAGGAGGAACAUGACCAGGACGUGUGGAUGGAUGCAGAGGAGGACAUCAACAAUCAACAGGAAACUGGGAUGUCCCUUCCCGAGGCGCAGGAACCUCCUCAACAUCAGGCGAUAAGUGAUCAGGAGGAGAAAGUUGUGCUUGAAGCUGUACAGGAGUUUGAAAUGGCCACUUCCAGGAUUGAAGGAGAAGAAAGUCAAGAGGAGACGUUUGAAAAAGGAGAAACGUGUGAAACUGAGAGUGAAGGUGAAGAUUUUGCUGUUGCACUUGAGGAUCCAGAAACUGCUACUGCAAGCAUCACCAUGAUGGAGUACGAUUAAGCCUGUGUCAUUGACUGGUUGGACAAUCAAAAAAGAAGAUUAUAAGGAGAAGAUCUGACUGGCAGAAGAAAACUACAUUAGACAUCUUUCUUUUGUGUAGCAUGUCUACUUUUAUUUGUACAGUCCGCGCUAAGGUGGGAAAGCACUUAUGGGUCAGCUAAUGGUGCAGCUCAACUUUUUGCUGCUUUUAUUUGACAAAAUGCUCAACUAAGAAUAUUCUAAUAUCAACUGAUGGAGCUUAAUUCACAAGACAAUUUGAUUGAUUUUAUAAAGUCAACUGGGUAAAUGCUUCUCUUCUCAUGGGGGAGGGGAUGCAUUGUGAUAUUCUGAAAUACAUCCACUAUGCACUUGCCUCUUUCAGUCACGUGAUUUGCUGAGUAGUACAAUUUUGAAUACCGAAUAGAACAAAGUGUAUAUGUCUGUGAGAAUAUGGCAGCAUUUUUUAUUAAAAAUCUGUUGUUUUUAUGAUAAAAUGCGUCGACAACAUCUGUGCAAGUGUUUACACAGAAUUCAUAAUGUAUGUGUCACAGGAACAGGACACACUAAUUUCUCUGGAUUAAUAUAUAGUAUAUGUAGAUAUUUAAUAUCUUUAAUAAUGUAUCAAUUUAUGUUAAUAAACAGUUUUAGCACUCUCCAUUUUUGCUUAAAUACAUAAUUCCCAAUCUAUGCAUUUAAAAAGAAUUAGCAGCAUUCUGCAGAUAUAUAUUUGUGUAUCUGUAUAGUAACUUGUACAUAAUGACUGUUUUAAUGCUAUACUGGGCUCAUUUUGAAUUCUUACUGUGACAAGUAUGAAACAGAAAAAAGAGCAUGAUGAGAGCAUGGCACAUAUUAGUUUUUUUCCAUAAUAAUUGACUCUCUAUAUUUCAUUUAGCUAAACAUACAGUAUGUAUUUAUCAUAAAUAAACCUAUAAUCAGCAGAGCCUUAAAAGAAUAACAGCAGUGUUACUUAUCAUGUUUCAUCUCCCAGCUUCUUGUGUCUGGUCUUAAUUGGCUUAUGGUAUCAAUGAUACCGUAAGGGUCACUUUGUGUGGUGUGGGUGAGAGAAGACAGAAAGUAAUGACAGGCUGUUUGGUGCAGAUCUGAUAUGUAAUGUUCACUAAUUACA